UCGUCGAURUUUGCAUAAAACACUAAUAUCAAAUUGCUAAAAGUUGAAAUGAAAUGCCCAAUUAACUCCCCAAAGAUUUACAAACUAGAUAAAUCUCAUUAUUGGAUAGUCUGGCAACCCAUUCUAAUGUUUAUUAUAUUUUUAGUACCAAAAAAGAAAUUUUAAGUGCUUCGGUCCCAGUGAGUGUAAACAAGUAAACGUUUUUGUUUAUUUAGUUACUGAAGGGGACAAUGCGUGAAUAAAAGAGCAGUGGCUAAAUACGAUUGAAUGCAAUAUUARAUGACAGUGCACAAAGUUGUAGUUACUUUUCAUACAGCUUUAUAUGCGCUAUUCAAAAUUGUUUACUCGCACACCGUGCUGUUAAGUGGAGAUUUAAUUCAAUUGUACAAAUGGCAUCUAGUGAUGAAAUAUAGUAUAWUCACGAUUUACAGCAUUCGGUUUGCGUAGCUAAAAGAGACUUAUGUACAUAUGUAUAUUCAUAUCUUAUCUAUGCAUCAAAUUAGCUUAUCAGUCGCUGUUUUCAUUAAUAAAAAAACACAAUUUUUAAACGCGCACAAAAAACGUAAAAUUUAGUCGUAUUGCUAUUACAAGCKCAUUAUCAUGGAUGCUGCACAGACGUAUGCAACUGUGCCAAACGGCGGCCGGGGAUGGGUUAUUGUAGGCGCUGUGGCAUUGAUAAAUAUGACAAAUCAAUAUAUACACUCUGUUUUCGGUUUGCUAUUCGGUGCUAAAUUAAAAAGUAUGCAGGAGCAAACUUUCACGGCAGCAUUAAUUUUAAAUUUAAGCAGUUUGACAUUGAAUUUUUCCGGUUUAUUUAUUGGACCGGCUAUAAAAACCUUUAAGCAGCGUAAUGUCGCAGCGGCUGGGAUUUUGUUUGUUUCGUUUGGUUUGCUGCUUUGUGCAUUCGCAACGGAAAGCUGGCACUUUAUUGUUGGCUACAGUUUAUUUGUUGGUCUUGGACUCGGUUUAAUAACACCAUCCACAUUUAUGGCUAUUAAUUCGUACUUUAGCACAAAACGUGGUCGCGCUGUGGGACUGUCUUUAGCCGGUUCUGGGGUCGGUCAGGUGACUGUACCGCAUGUAGUACGCUUACUUCUAGAUAACUAUGGUUUUCGAACCACUGUCUUUGCCAUGUCACUAUUUUCUUUAAUUGGCCUAAUUGGUGCUGCGUUGCUAAAACCACUAGAUCCUCCAAUGAGGCACAAUAAUCGUCAACAUGUGCGUCUAUUGUUAUCAAUAGAUGAUGAGAAAAACAAAACUGCACCACCACAAUACAAAGUAAAUGAAGUUGAAAACAAUAAAUUGAUGAACAAAGAACCGGCGAAUGCAAAUGUGAGUGCAUCUUCAGAGCAUUGCUGUAAUAAUGUGACCCAGCGAUUGGUGCAAGCUAUGGAUUUAGAAUUACUCAGAGAUACGACCUUCUGGAGUAUUAUUGUUGGCAUGGGCUUAGUGUACACAUCCACCAUACARUUCACUAUGUUGUUUCCGCAUUUCUUGCAGUAUUCAGUUGGACUUUCGUCCUUCAAUACAGCAACGUGCAUGUCUACGGUGGCUGGCGCCGAUAUUAUAUGUCGACUUUUAUUGCCCUGCAUCACUGACAAGUUGAAAAUACCCUAUCGUCUUGUAUUCCUAUUGGGAACGGUGGGUUUGCUUAUUUCACGUGCAGCCCUUGCCGAAUCUAUGGAUAUGACCACAAUCAUUGUGAUGUCAAUUUUUACUGGCAUGACCAAAUCGGCCACAGUGUUGAACAAUAAUCUAACAAUUUCCAGUCAUUGUCGACCAGAAAAACUACCAGGUGGCUUGGGUUUGAAUAUGAUCGCCAAAGCUGUGCUGGUUAUUACAGUUGGCCAACUGCUUGGUUGGAUACGUGAUUAUACACACUCUUACAUACUGUGUUUGCAUGCGCAAAAUAUUUUACUGUUGCUGGUUGUAUUGGUUUGGGCUCCAGAGCUUUUCUGCCAGUACCGGAAGAGUCAGARAGCAAGAAAGGCGGCAGCAGCAGAAAGAGAAGAAUACAACAAAAUGAGCGUAUGCUGAACAUCUAAAGUUGCCAAAGCACCGGGGAUGGACACAGUAUUACUUUUAUGGUUUUAAAAAAACCAUUUUGAAUUUAAUAAUUCAUUACUAUAAAUGCAUGUGUGCACCUAUUUAUAUAAGUAAAUGAAUUAAGGUAAAUUAACAUUUAUUGGAGAUUAAUGAAGUCUGCGAUAACUAGACUUUAUAUGUGAUAUUUUACAAUAUAAAAUUAUGCCAAUGCCCGCAAUUCAUAUAGUAUGAAUUGCAAGAUAUUUAUAAUUAUUGUACAUAUAAGUAUGCAAGACUAUUUU